AUGAAAUUUCCAAUAGAAAACCCGAGAAAACAAGUUAACUGGGACCCGGAAGAAGUGGCGGUCCAGACCAACUUGGUCCCCCCAAAAAAGGCCCAGCCUGGCUUGGUGAAGUCCACUCUAGUCCAGGCCAGUGUGGCCACCAUGCAGAAUCCAAUGGGCUGCGACCCGAAGACCAACGGCCACUGUCCACUGCCGCGUCUGUCCAUCUCAUCGCGCUCCGCCAGCGUGGUGGCCAGCAUGGAUGCCAGCUGCGAUGGCACGGCCGCAGCCCUCCACUCAGUGAUGAAGUGGAAGACGGUGCUGGCAGUGUUCAUCGUGGUCGUUCUCUACCUGGUCUGCGGCGGCCUGGCCUUCAAGGCGCUGGAGAUGCCGUUUGAGAGACACCAGAAGACGAGCAUCACCCUGGAGAAGGCUUCGUUCCUGCGGAGACACUCCUGUGUUGCUCCUCACGAGCUGGAGUCCAUCAUCAAGCAUGCCAUAGAUGCGGUGAAUGCAGGAGUGAGUCCCAUCGGAGACACAUCCUAUAAUUCCAGUUACUGGGACAUGGGCAGUGCCUUCUUCUUUGCUGGAACGGUCAUCACAACCAUAGGUUAUGGAAACAUAGCUCCGAGCACGGAAGGAGGGAAAAUCUUCUGCAUUCUUUAUGCCAUAUUUGGCAUUCCCCUGUUUGGCUUCUUGUUGGCGGGGAUCGGGGACCAGCUCGGGACCAUCUUUGUGAAAAGCAUCUUGAGAGUGGAGCGGAUAUUCAGGCAAAAACACAAACAGAUCAGUCAGACCAAGAUCAGAGUGACCUCCACCAUCCUCUUCAUCCUGGCCGGCUGCAUCGUCUUCGUCACUAUCCCAGCUUUCUUCUUCAAACACAUCGAGGGCUGGACCACGCUGGAUGCCAUCUACUUUGUGGUGAUCACUCUCACCACGAUUGGAAUAGGAGACUAUGUGGCAGGUGGAGACCGCAAGAUCGACUACAAGCAGUGGUACAAGCCGCUGGUGUGGUUCUGGAUCUUGGUGGGCUUGGCGUACUUUGCGGCCGUCCUCAGCAUGAUUGGAGACUGGCUUCGAGUGCUGUCUAAAAAGACCAAAGAGGAGGUCGGGGAGAUUAAAGCUCAUGCGGCUGAGUGGAAGGCAAAUGUACGAGCCGAGUUCCGUGAAACGCGGCGGCGCCUGAGCGUUGAGAUCCAUGACAAGCUCCAGCGAGCCGCCACCAUCCGCAGCAUGGAGCGCCGGCAGCUCGGCCUGGAGCAGCGAGCGCUCUCUCUUGACAUGCUGUCUCCGGAGAAGCGCGCCAUGUUCGCCAGCCUGGACGCCGGCCGCUUCAAGACUUCAUCCCAGGAGAGCAUCGACACCAAGCUCAACAACCUGAGGCUGAAGGGGGCCUGUGAGCAUUACGACCAUCAGGGCAGCGGGCAGACACCGCAGACGGCGUCUUCCUCGGAGGAGAACCUCGUCAACCUACGCUUCGGCUCCCUCACCAAACUGGGAAGACGAAACAAGAGCCGGGAGCUUCGGAGCAACAUCACCGAAGAUGUUCGCCGGGCGAGCGUAGGCAUAAACACUGGCAGUGCCAUGCUGGGGGAGGAGAGGACGGAGGAGGAGGAGGAGGAAGACGGGGAGCCACAUGAGGAAAACGGAGAGGGGAAAGAGGGAAACGUCAGCAUGACCAACCUGUCGCGCUACGUGAUGGAGCGCGCCAAGCUCAAUGAGUUCAUACCAGCACAGGCCAAACACAGGGAGAACGACGAGGGGGGGAAUGGACGAGCACCUCAGGUGUAGAGACAGAGAGAGUCAGGCAGAAACUCAGGCUGACUGAGAGAUGUCAAGAAAUGUGCCUUUCUGUUCCCCCAUGCUUGGAUUGGAACUGCUCCCAGGAGAAGUCAGUCGGCGUGCCAUAGCCAUGGGAAGAAAAAACCCUGUUGCCAAAAAUCGAAUCCAACUGAAAAGACUCUGUAGUUAAAAUACCUCACUGCUUAUUAACUGUACAACGGGCUGCUGGACGACUGGUCAUGACCUUUACCAGACGUCGGGCAGCGGCCAACUGCUCACGUUGAAACCGAUUUUCCUUCGACGUGGACAGGACACGCAGAAAGCUCGAGCCAUGUCACCCAUCUUCAGGAGCAUUAUAGAUCUCUGCUUUGUCAUCUCGCGCCGUGGGAGCUAUUUAUAACUCGGCAGCCCCCUACGAAAAAACAAAUGGCGUGUGGGAGGUUGUGCUUCUGCCGGAUCGAUAGACAAUACGAGCAUUUACCUCGCCGACAAUUAUUCCUGCAAAGUGUGUGAAAAUGUAGCCUGCGGGUUUAAAACAACUACACAAAAUACUCAUCUGGCUAGUGCAUGGCUCUUGAAACACAACCACAGCAGUUAAUUGACAGCUGUAAUGAUGUUUCUUUCUUUUUUUGUCGUAAUAAAGUGACACAGCGCUGGAAUUCACCCAUGAAAAGACACAGUUAAUCACCUUUGGCCACGAGAUUGUCACAUUGUUUUUAUUAUUUAUUUUGUACAUGACAAAUGUCAAAUGAACGAAUGUGAUGCCUUUGAUUUUGUACUCACCGCGCAUGUCUGCAUUUGUGUUUAUUCCUUUUCAUAUCAGACUAACACUUGAGUUGUGUUUUCCAUCGAGCUGUCAUAUGUUUUCUGAAACACGUCCUGUAACUUACUGACUAAGACGUCUUUCGCAUUUCUUACAAAAACAGGUACUGACACUGGAGCCCUAAUUUUACAGAAUUAUCAAAUGUAUCACAGGCAUACGCACACACACACAAACACACACACACACACACACUCACACACACUGGUUGUACUUGUAACCUGUUAAGCAUCAUUCUUUCAAUGACCAUGACCUGUGACGAGCUUAGCGACUAUUUGUUGUGUACAGUUUAUUUUAUGAACAGAUCACAUUAAAUGUAGUGAGUGCCUUUUUCCAGAUA